AUGCAGACCACAACAAAACUUUUGACCUCGCCAUCAUUUACCCUUGCGGCUGUGGAGCCGGCCCCCUCUGGACAAGACCAGUUUCAAAAAGCAUUAGGCGUGGCGAACAAGUAUCGCUCUCGAGAUGGCAGAAAAGCACUCCAAGCCAUUGCAACAAACUAUAUCGUGAUCGGAAUCUUCAUCUAUGCCUCCGAGUACGCAUCUUCAUCCUCAUUAUACUUCAUUAGCUCUUCAAAAUAUCUCAUUUACAUCUCUGCUUGUCUCAUCAUUGCCUCGCGUCUUCGUGCCUUUGAAAACCUUGUCCAUGAAGCCUCCCAUUACAAUCUCUUUUCCUCUCGUGAAGCACACUACUCCUACCAAUUUCUUUACUCCUUCCCAGUCCUCCGUGUACUCGAAGAUUACCGAACCUCCCAUCUCAUCCACCAUCAACAUCUCGGCGAUGCAACCAAAGACCCAGAUCUCAUCCGCAUCCUGGAAAUUGUCGACUUCUUCACCUCCUACUGCUCCUAUCCGUCCAAAAUUAUCUUCUGGGUCCUUGUUCUCGCCACAACCUACAUAACCGGCACUACCACUCACCUGAGCUACUACUUCGCAGUUCCGUUCUUCGGAGUCCUACCUAUCCUCCGCUAUUGGGCGGAAGUUGCGGAACAUCUUGGAAUGGACAUGGCUAGCAAAUUCGGACACUCACGUAACAAUCUCGGCUUUGGUCAUCUUUGGUAUAUGCACCCACAUAAUGAUGGAUACCACGCCGUGCACCACAUUCACAGCCAGGUUCCAUUCCAUCAGCUACCAGAAGCUCAUGCCGCUUUGAUGCGUGAGAACGAAGGUUUCAGGAAAGAGGCUGUGAUUUCGCGAGGUAUCGGGGAGACCUUUUAG